AUGGACAAGGACCAGCAGAAGAAGAACGAGGGCGAGAAGGAGUUCAAGGUCCAGCCCAUCAAGGAGAGCGGCGUGGACCCCAAAUUCGCUCCGUUCAACGCGCAUCCCGGCCCGGCACGAACCCAAGAGCUGCCCCAGCAGGAAGGUACCAGGGAGGAUCGCGAGGCGAGAAAGGCCGCUCUGAACAAGUGA